UCCUGUUCACACUUGUAUUUUUCAGGUAUCCGAGAUGUUUCUAAGUGGAGUGAGAAAACGAAAAAGCCUCUGGAAGCCCUAUAUGGGCAUGACUACUUUGCAAAAACCUGUGAAAAGUGGGUGGAUGGCAUCAAACAGUUUAAACAUCUUCCGGAUGGCAUCUGCCGGCACCUGCUGCCGCUGGUCCAGUGCCCCACCCUCAUCGUGCACGGCGAGAAGGACCCUCUGGUCCCGCGGUUCCACGCAGACUUCAUCCACGCGCACGUGAGGGCGUCCCGGCUGCAUCUGAUGCCAGAAGGCAAACACAACCUCCACUUACGUUUUGCAAAUGAAUUCAACAAGUUAGCAGAAGACUUCUUGCAAUGAAAGUGUCCCCGAGAACACGGGACCUGGGAUUCUCCUUGUGGGCUUCAGCCUGUGGCUGCCUCUGAAACCUGCCUCACUCACACCUCCACGCCCCUGCGCCCAAGCCUCCUGCGCCUCCCUCCACUGCUCCUAACCCAGUGGGAAGGAGACACUAAGCACAUCCCCCAGCUCUAACAGCUACAAGAAUUAAAUCUCAUUUCUUAGCAUUAAGUUGUGAAUUUCUACCAUUGUCUUAAAAAAUAAGUUCCUAUUGUGAUUUACAUCAUUUGCAAAUAAAUCUUAGAUGAGCAUUGGCGGUGCUCCUGACUGCUAUUUUGGGCACCUUGAACUCAUACUGUACCUUUUAUCUGACAGGUACAAGCAGUCACUGGUCUUUUUUGUUGUAUGUAUCACUUUGUACAAAGGAAGCAAACAGAAGGAAGUCCUUGCCCAAGGUCCUCAUCGUUACUGCAUUCCUAGAAUACUUUGGGCCAAUAAAAAUGAAAAAAUA